AUGGGUUUAAUAUUAUAUUACGCCCCCAAUAUGAUUAGACCGAUUGUUCCUCUUUCACUUUCCCGAUAUUUCAAACUGGAUAUUGAAUGCAAAGAUAUCUCAAAAGAGGAAGGCAAUUUCAGCAAAAUAUUCCCAUUGAAAUUGACACCAACGCUAUAUGAUGAAACAAGUGGUUGGAGAUUAACUGAAGCUAUUGCAAUUAACAAUUUUUUAAUCAAAACGGCAAGUGAACAACCAGAUUCAAAUUUCAAGAGCGACACUUUAUUAGGGUGGUGUAUUAAAUCCGAGAGUGAAAUAUUGAGAUGGGAAUCUAUGGCGGUUAGUGAUUUUUUAAAUUGUGAGAUUGAUGUGAUUGCACCAAACAUUGGUUUAAGGCCACCUGACGAAAAGAAGCAAGACAUUGCGGUAGCAAGGUUAAGCAAGAUAUUAGAUAUAUAUGAGACGCAGUUACAUAUGAAUAAAGGGUUUUUAGUAGGGGAUCAUGUUACUUUGGCAGAUUUAGUUACAGCCAGUUGUUUUUAUUUUGGUUUUAAAUUUUAUUUUGAUUCUGAAUGGAGGAAGGACUAUCCAAAUAUUGUAAACUGGUAUAAUCAAACUGUAAAAACACCCUAUUUUAAUGAUUUCUUUAAAGAUACCAAAUUAUUAGAAAAAAGAGAAUUUUGA